AUGAUAUUGUUGUCUGUCGAAGGAAUUGAAAGUCAAUUUGACUCCGAUCGCAUUGAAAGAGAAUCUAUCCAUUCAGUUAAGGCAGACGUUUGUACACAGAAGGAAGAUUCUAAUGAGGAGCAACCUCCAAAAAGAAAAAUAAGUGAAUGUGGUAGUGCUACCCCAAAAAAAUUGGCAAUUGAAAAGUGGACCAACUGGAAGCCAAAAUCUCUACGUUCCAAAAAACAUCCCGCUUUAUCUACUCCGAAGAUGAAAAGGCCAUACGAAAAAGUUGCUGAUUCAAAAUUAGAGAUUGCGGAUCUGCAAAAGAAGAUUCUGGAGGUAGAGCUUCUAAAUAAGAGAAAGCAAUGGGCAUUUGAAGAGGAAGAAAGAGAGCAUAAAAGAUAAUUAUGGGCCAUAGAAAAAAAUAUGUUGUUAAAUAAAUUAGAAAAAUAAUCGAUUUUGUGCCUGGAG